CAAGGCCACCAUGAGCUGUGGAUGGAGCUCUGAGGCCACCAGAGAUGCCACCAUGGACCUUGGAUGGAGCUCUGAUGCCCCCAAAACCACCUCCAGCUCUUCCACCCCCUCCACCGAACCCCCCUUAGAUGCCACCUCGGUGGUGUCCCGAGCUGGAGGUUCUGGAAGUUCUGGAGGUCCUGGUGGCCCUGGAAGUUCUGGAGAUGCUGGAGGUUCUGGAGGAGCUGGAGGUUUUGGUGGCCCUGGAGGUUCUGGAGAUGGUGGUGGCCCUGGAGGUUCUGGUGGCCUUGGAGGUUGUGGAGGUUCUGGAAGUUCUGGAGGUCCUGGUGGUCUUGGAGGUCCUGGUGGUUCUGGAGGAGCUGGAGGUUCUGGUGGAGCUGGAGAUUCUGGUGGCCCCAGAGGUUCUGGUGAUGGUGGUGGCCCUGGAGGUUUUGGAAGUUCUGGAAGUCCUGGAGGAGCUGGAGGUUCUAGAGGUUCUGGAGGUUCUGGUGGCCCCAGAGGUUCUGGAGGAGCUGGAGGUUUUGGAGGUCCUAGAGGUUCUGGAGGAGCUGGAGGUUCUGGAAGUUCUGGAGGUCCUGGUGGCCCUGGAAGUUCUGGAGAUGCUGGAGGUUCUGGAGGAGCUGGAGGUUUUGGUGGCCCUGGAGGUUCUGGAGAUGGUGGUGGCCCUGGAGGUUCUGGUGGCCUUGGAGGUUGUGGAGGUUCUGGAAGUUCUGGAGGUCCUGGUGGUUCUGGAGGAGCUGGAGGUUCUGGAGGAGCUGGAGGUUCUGGUGGCCCUGGAGGUUCUGGAGAUGGUGGUGGUGCUGGAGGUUUUGGAAGUUCUGGAGGAGCUGGAGCUUCUGGAGGUUUUGGUGGCCGUGGAAGUUCUGGAGGUUUUGGUGGCCCUGGAGGAGCUGGAGGUUCUGGAAGUUCUGGAGGAUCUGGAGGUUCUAGAGGUUCUGCUGGUCUUGGAGGUUCUGGUGGCCUUGGAGGUUUUGGAGGUCCUGGUGGUCUUGGAGGUUCUGGAGCAUCUGGAGGAGCUGGUGGAGCUGGAGGUUCUGGAAGUUCUGGAGGUUUUGGUGGUUCUGGUGGCCCUGGAGAUGCUGGUACCCCUAUGGACAUUGAUGAUCCUGAAGGUCUUGGUGGCCCUGGAGGUUCUGGAGAUCCUGGUGGCCCUGAAAGUUCUGGAGGCCCUAGAAGUUCUGGAAGUUCUGGAGGCCCUGGAAGUUCUGGAGGUCUUUGUGGCCCCGGAGGUCUUGGUGGCCCUGGAAGUUCUGGAGAUCCUGGUGGCCCUGGUGACCCUGGAGGUCUUGGUGACCCUGGAAGUUCUGGAGAUCCUGGUGACCUUGGUGGCCCUGGAAGUUCUAGAGGCCCUGGAAGUUCUGGAUGUUCUGGAAGUUCUGGUGACCCUGAUGGCCCCGGAAGUUCUGGAAGUUCUGGAGAUCCUGGUAGCCUUGGAGGUCUUGGUGGCCCUGAUGACCCUGGUGACCCCGGUGGCCCCGGUGGCCCCGAGGCGCUGGGGGGCUACCUGUGCGUGGGCUGUGACGUGUACCUGACGCGGGAGCCCUGCGCUCUCUGCGCCAUGGCCUUGGUCCACGCCCGCGUCCGCCGCGUCCUCUUCUGGCUCCCCACCCCCCAGGGCGCCCUCAGCACCCGCUACGGCCUCCACGGCCGCCGGGGCCUCAACCACC